CGGCGUUUGUAGACCACGAUAUUCACACAUCACUCGUGUCCAAUUCUUUUUACCUCUGUCGUGCAUGCACAUAUGAGCAUUAGGUGUUCGUAAUAUUUUGGUUAUUUCGUUCGGACAUUACAUUAGAAAAUGGCCGAAACUAUGCAAUUGCGAGGUACCCUUCGUGGUCACAACGGAUGGGUUACGCAGAUCGCCACCAAUCCGAUUCACACUGACAUGAUAUUGUCUUGUUCACGAGACAAAACAUUGAUUGUUUGGGACUUGACACGUGACGAACUGAACUACGGCAUUCCCAAGAAGCGUUUGUAUGGUCAUUCUCAUUUCGUCAGCGACGUUGUACUCUCUUCCGAUGGAAACUACGCUCUUUCGGGUUCGUGGGACAAGACUCUACGUCUAUGGGAUUUAGCUGCAGGGCGCACGACUCGUCGAUUCGAAGAUCACACCAAGGAUGUCUUGAGUGUCGCUUUCUCAGCUGAUAACCGUCAAAUUGUUUCUGGAAGUCGGGACAAAACCAUUAAGUUGUGGAACACGUUGGCUGAAUGUAAAUACACAAUUCAGGAUGAUGGUCACAGUGAUUGGGUUUCAUGUGUACGUUUCUCUCCCAAUAUCCAUAACCCUAUUAUUGUCAGUGCUGGUUGGGACAAAGUAGUCAAAGUAUGGAAUUUGACUAACUGCCGCAUUAAGACUAACCAUUAUGGACACACAGGUUACCUUAACACAGUCACUGUAUCUCCAGACGGUUCAUUGUGUGCUUCAGGAGGAAAAGACUGCAAGGCUAUGCUGUGGGAUUUGAACGAUGGCAAACACUUGCAUACGCUUGACCACAAUGAUAUUAUCGAAGCUCUAUGCUUUAGCCCGAAUCGUUAUUGGCUAUGUGCUGCAUUUGGACCAUCAAUAAAGAUUUGGGAUUUGGAAAGCAAAGAAAUGGUUGAAGAACUGCGGCCUGAAGUUGUAUCACAAUCACAAAACAGCAAUACUGAACCACCUAAAUGCCUUUCACUUGCAUGGUCGACUGAUGGACAGACUUUGUUUGCUGGAUAUUCAGAUAACAAUAUCAGAGUUUGGCAAGUGUCUGUUAGUGCACGUUAAUGUCUCAUUUAACAUUGAUGUAAUAUAUUAACAAUUUAUAUUACAUUUUUUUUGUUUGAUGA